UCACAAACAAACUAUCACAUUCAUUUCAUUGACAAAACAAAAUCUAUAUAAUAAAAAAAUCUCGAGAAAACAAAAAUGGGUAGCCUCACGCGCCUCAUAGUCUUCCUUUCAAUUUUCGCAGCCAUAACUCUAAAAUCGAACUCUCAGUACCUUCUUCCGAUCACCAAACACGAACCCACCAAUCAGUUCUACACCACUUUCAACAUUGGAUCCCCGACAAAAUCUCCCGUAAACCUACUCCUCGACCUCGGAACCAACCUCACGUGGCUCAACUGCCGCAAACUCAAAUCUUUAUCAUCUCUCCGCCUAGUCACUUGCCAGAGCUCCACAUGCAAGUCCAUCCCCGGUAAUGGUUGCGACGGCAAAUCUUGUCUUUACAAGCAACCAAACCCACUCGGUCAAAACCCCGUUGUAACCGGCCGUGUCGUCCAAGACAGAGCUUCCAUCUCCACCACAGACGGCGGCAAGUUCCUCUCUCAAGUCUCCGUCCCCCGCUUCACAUUCUCCUGCGCCGGCGAGAAAACCCUCGAAGGCCUUCCUCCUCCUGUCGCCGGAGUUCUGGCUCUUUCUCCUGGAUCUUCGUCGUUCACGAAACAGGUGACCUCAGCGUUUAACGUCAUCCCUAAAUUCUCUCUCUGCUUGCCUUCUUCCGGUACCGGGCGUUUCUAUAUCGCCGGCAUUCAUUACUUUAUCCCGCCGUUCAAUGAUAGCAGUUCUUCGAUUCCGAUGACUUUAACUCCCAUUAGAGGCACUGACUCAGGAGAUUAUCUAAUCCUCGUACAAUCCAUCUACGUUGGUGGAACUCCUUUGAAGUUGAACCCUGAUUUGAACGGCGGAGCCAAACUCAGCACGGUGGUUCACUACACCGUACUUCAAACCGAUAUUUACAAUGCUCUUGCUCAGUCUUUUACACUCAAGGCAAAGGCUAUGGGAAUAUCUAAAGUUCCAUCGGUGGCGCCGUUUAAACAUUGUUUCGAUGCACGCACCGCUGGAAAGAACUUGACGGGGCCGAAUGUGCCGGUGAUAGAGAUUGGUCUGCCGGGGAGGAUAGGGGAGGUGAAGUGGGGGUUCUACGGUGCGAAUACGGUGGUGAAAGUGAAGGAAACAGUGAUGUGUUUGGCGUUUAUCGACGGAGGAGAGAAACCGGAGGAUUUGGUGGUCAUUGGGACGCAUCAGCUUCAAGAUCAUAUGCUCGAGUUCGAUUUCAGCAGGACGGUUCUCGCUUUUAACAAAUCCACUAAUAUCUACUCCAUCCCUCUCUCCAUCGGCUCCUCAACUUCCAGCGAAGAGUUCGUCCUUGACCUCAACGGAGCCGCACCGUUAUUGCAAAACUGCGCCACAGCCGCCAGAUCCACCACCUACCACCCCAUCAAAUGCGGCUCCACAAGAUGCAACUACGCAAACCCAAACUUCCCUUGUCCCAACAAUGUCAUCACCAAGAAGAGGACCGUGUGUCGCUCCUCCGACGAUGCCCGCCUCUUCCGAGACACCGUCCCCUUGUUAUACACAUUUAAUGGCGUAUACACUAUGGACAGCGAAAAGAGUUCUUCAUUGACUUUGACUUGCUCUGACGGUGCUCCUACCUUAAAACAAAGAACCGUCGGUCUAGCUAACACCCACUUGUCUAUUCCCUCGCAGCUCAUCUCCAUGUACAAGCUUCCUCAAAAGAUGGCUCUUUGUUUGCCUUCCACCGAAGGGUCAAAGACUUAUUCUGGUGACCUUUGGAUCGGUAAAGGGGAAUAUUAUUAUCUGCCUUACUUAAAAGAUGUCUCUAAGAUCUUUUCCUCCACGCCUCUGAUCGCUAGUGACAAGUCCGGUGAGUACUUAAUCGAUGUGAAGUCCAUACAAAUCGGUGGAAAGACCGUUCCUAUACUCUAUGGAACCACAAAGAUCAGUACUUUGGCUCCUUACACUGUAUUGCAAACUUCCAUAUACAAGGCUCUUCUCACAGCCUUCACCGAAAACGCCAAGAUAGCUAUAGCUCCCGCGGUGAAGCCUUUCGGUGCGUGCUUCCACUCCAAUGGAGGACGUGGAGAACCCGUGAUCGACCUGAUGCUUAGGGGAGGGGCUAAGUGGAGGAUUUACGGGCCAAAUUCGCUGGUGAAGGUGAAUAAAAACGUGGUUUGUUUAGGGUUUGUUGACGGAGGUGUGAAACCGAAGAAUCCGAUAGUGAUUGGUCUAGUUUUAGAUUGAAAGAAUUGUAAGCUCAAUUUCAAUAAGUUCUUCUCUCUUAU